AUGGCGGCGAUCAUAAGGAAGGUGUACGAGUGGUGGUUAAGGACGUUUUGGGGUCUCGCCCCUACCAUCCCCACGAUCGGCUUCAACAUGAAGCGGGUUCAGAAAAACAACGUUUCCAUAAAGUGCUGGGACAUAGGGGGCCAGCCUCGGUUCCGGCCGAUGUGGGAGCGAUACUGCCGUGGCGUCAACGCUAUUCUCUUUGUUGUUGAUAUUGCCGACGUCGAGAAGCUCCAGGCUGCACGGGAGGAGCUGCAUUCCAUUAUGGAGCAAGAGUCGCUCGAGGGGAUCCCCCUUUUGGUGCUCGGCAAUAAAUCCGAUCUCGAGGUAAAAGUUUCCGUCGACGAGCUUAUCGAUGCGCUGGACCUCAAGGGCAUCGACCACCGUGAGGUCUCUUGCUAUGGCAUCAGUGCCAAAGAGGAGACAAAUUUGGAAGCCGUUCUUUCUUGGUUGGUGAAGCGCGCAAACGAGUUGCAAAGAUAA